AUGGACGGAACCAUGGAACCUUAUUUUUCCCCUUCUCUUCACAUUUCAAACUGUGUUACUAUAAAACUCACCGAACAAAAUUACAUCAUUUGGAAGUCUCAGUUUGAAUCAUUUCUGCGCACUCAAGCCCUUCUUGGCUUUGUCAAUGGAGCUGUCAAACCACCUGCUGAGAAGAUUCCUAUUCGCAACAACAAUACUGGUAGAACCGAAGACAUACUCAACCCAGAUUUUGAAAGCUGGUCCAAAUCUGAUCAAGUAGUUAAGGCAUGGCUGCUUGGCUCCAUGACUGAGAAUGUUCUGCGACUGUUGGUCGGCUCUGCAACUGCUCAAGAGGUAUGGGAAACCUUAAUCUCUAACUUUAACCGGACAUCAUCCUCUAGGCUAUUUGAGCUACAAAGACGUCUGCAAAAUGCUGAAAAACUAAAUAAAAGCAUGUCAGACUACCUUAGAGGAAUCAAGGAUAUUUGUGAUCAACUAGCUUCUAUAGGAGACUCGGUUAGUGAAAAGAUGAAGAUAUUUGCAGCUUUAAGAGGCUUAGGUCGUGAGUAUGAGCCGAUUAUCACUGUUAUUGAGGACUCAAUGGAUCGAUUGCCUGCACCUACCUACGACAAUGUGAUAUCUCGUCUUACCGGAUAUGAUGAUAGACUCCAAGGUUACUCUGUCUCCACUGAUGUCUCACCACACUUGGCUUUCAACACUAUGAGAUCGUCUAACUACUCAAACAGAGGACGUGGAAACAGAGGUAGAGGACGAGGUAGUUACUCCACCAGAGGUCGUGGCUUUCACCAACAAUUUUCAUCCUCCACAAGCUCACCUCGACCUGUCAGCACAAAUGAGAAUCCGGUUUGUCAAAUCUGUGGGAAAAGAGGACACAAUGCUUUUGAGUGUUGGUACAGGUUCGACGAAGAAUAUCAACAACCGGCUCAACCUGCAAUCAAUGCAGCAGCUUUCUCUGCUCUCCACAUUACUGAUGUUACGGAGGACAACAGUUGGUAUCCAGAUUCUGCUGCAACGGCUCACAUCACCAGCUCCGCUCAACGUCUUCAACAAACUCAGCCAUAUCAUGGGACUGACAUGGUAAUGGCAAGUCAUGGAAAUUUCCUUCCAAUCACCCAUGUUGGUUCCGCCAAUCUUCCCACAACGUCAGGUAACAUUCCUCUCAAAGACGUGCUGGUUUGUCCUGAAAUAGCAAAGAAUCUACUGUCUGUUUCAAAGUUAACUAAAGAUUAUCCAUGUGCUGUCACCUUUGAUGAUCUUGAUGUUAUUAUUAAGGACAAAGCAACGCACAAACUCCUGACAAAGGGAAGGGAAAAUAACGGUCUUUAUAAGUUGGAUGAUCUGAAGUACCAGAUGCUAUACUCUACAAGACAGAUCAAGACAAGUGAUGAGGUGUGGCAUCAAAGACUAUGA